AUGACAAUGAAAACAAAUGAUGGUCAUGGAUUCGUUAUUCUAUUGGUUGAUGCUACGCAAUUCAUCCUGAUUGGGCGGAAAAUCGCAUAUGUAGAAGCCAUAGUGACAUUCGAUGAUAUUUCAACUCUUUCCGAAUCAAGUAAGGAGACAGAGGGAACGAAAAUGCAAUCAGACGAAUCCAAAACCGAAACCUCAAUUAAUGACAACAUGGAUGAAGAAAUAAUCAAGGAAGAGGAAGAAGAAGAGGAUGAUUUCCACAUCCUCGAUAAUCAAUAUAUAUUUAUUCUAUUACCAAGUGGUAAUAUCAAAGUGAUUAAACUUCAAAAGGAUACAAAGGUAUCAUUGGGAAAAUUCGGCACUUUUCAUGCAAACGACAUAAUAGGAAAACCUUUCGGUCAUUCUUAUGAAAUCCAUGAUCGUGACAAAGUAAAGGUCAUACGUAAUAUCGCAUUUUAUGAAAUUGACGAAACUGACGCGAACAACAAAGAAACAACUGACGAUCCAUCCAAACAAAAAUUAUCUUACGCCGAUAUUGAACAAUUGAAAAAAGAUGGAUUGGAAGGGCAGGACAUUAUCAAGAAGGUGGUCGAAAGUCAUUCAACUUUUGACAAGAAGACUGAAUACUCAAAAGCGAAGUAUAUCAAGCGCAAAGAAGCAAAAUUCUCGCGCGUCUUCACUCCGGUGAAACCAACGUUAUACUCUGUUUGGGAAUAUUUUUACGCCAAAAAUCCUUCAAAAAUAAGGGACAUGCGAAUCGACACACUUUCUCAAAUGUUGACUUUAGCGAACGUAAAAGCUUACUCAAAGAUGCUGGUAGUAGAUGACACCCAAGGACUCGUGAUUUCGGGUGUUAUGGAAAGGUUAGGAGGUUAUGGUGUUGUAAUCGGUAUACACGACGGAGAAAAUCACAACUUUGAUGUCACGAGAUACAUGAAUUUCUCGAAAAAAGUUUCUGAUUCAUUGAUGGUACUAUCCUGGCAGCAAGUUUUCAAAGAGGAGUGCCAAGAACCAUUUAAUUUUCGGGAUGAAGCAAGCCUUUCCGAAAAAGAAUUAAAAUUCUAUUUUCGCAGCAAAGCAAAUUAUGAUAGGAUACGAGCAACAAGAGAAUUAUUGUUUAAGGGUGGAUUCGAUGGUUUACUGAUAGCUAGCCAGUACCAGCCGGAAUCGAUCUUGGAUACUCUGAUGCCUUACUUGCACGGAUCAAGACCAAUCAUAAUUUAUCAUAUCAACAAGGAGAUGUUGGUAAAUACCUGUGUUCAAAUGCGUAUAUGCCGAAAAUAUUUGAAUCCUUCGAUCACAGAGAGUUGGUUGAGACAAUAUCAGGUGUUACCGGGCCGGACACAUCCGUCAAUGUCAACAAGCGGUGGUGGUGGUUAUCUCCUGCAUACGACCUAUGUGGUGACCGAUGACUCACUCCCCACCCCUAUACCUUCAUACAUGCGACCGAAGGUUGACAUUGACCCUCUCGACGACGCGACCCAUGCUCCUGGCUCAUCUAAAAAUGCAAACGGUCCUCCUUUAGCCAAUGUCGACACUCUGACUAUGAAUGUUUCGGAUGACGGUUAUAAGAACGCCAAAGAAAAUAGCGACAUCAAUGAUGACGCUGAUAGUGAACUGAUCUGGAAUAAACGUUCAAAAUUAGAAUAG